GCUCCUCCGCUCUAAUGGGCAGGCAGUAUGGUCAUGCGGAUGGAAACAGGAGUGGGCAUCCGCUGCGCUGCUGCACGAAGAAGAAACUUCGAGGAAAGAUGCACGAAGAGGAGGAUGGCAGCGACGCGAACUCCUCAUUUUCGGCUGCUCGGAUCGUGACCUCCAGGUCCGUGGAUGUGGCGGAGGUGGAGGGGGCGAAGGAGCAGGCCUCCAGGCUGUGCGGGUUCUUGAACAAACUGUCCGGCAAGGGGCCGCUAAGGGGGUACAAGCCGAGGUGGUUCGUGUAUGAUCCGAGGAAAUGUUACUUAUAUUACUUCAAGACGCAGCAGGACGCGCUGCCACUCGGGCACAUCGAGAUCGGGGACGCGUGUUUCAGCUACGAUGUGGAGGGAGAGGAGGGUCAGUUUGAGAUCCGCACAGCUGGGAAGGAGUUCCUGCUGAAGGUAGAAACUUUUCAGCAUGUGUGGAGGCUCUCUGCUUCUCAGCGCUGUUCCAGCUCUUCUUCUGUCAUUUGUCACUUCCUUUCUCUUUGUGUAGACACACCCAUUCCAGACAGAUUUAUUUAUGUGUUUUUGUGCUGUGAUUCUCCUCUGAUCUGACAACUCCAGGGAAGAAGAAAAACCAAUCACACAUAUGGGUCAUGUUUGUCAGACAGAAGCUUAGUCAGCACGUUAUUCUGCAGAUUGGCCCCAAACACACCGUGAGUCCACAGUUUAGAGAUAAUUUUAGGCUCACCGAUAUGAGCUCAUCAGGCCUCAUGACCACCUCUCUUUGCAGAGGGUCACAGCAGCUCAUGUGAUGGUUUGUUGGUCCUUCGUGUUGUCAUGUGCAUGUGACUUGGUGCCAACACAGGUGCUUCUGGUUUCACUUAGCCUGCUAUAGUCGGCAUCAUUUAUAGCAGAUGGUCUGAAUGGUUAAUACCAAACAGGCUGCAGAGCCCUGAGGCUGGAACUGAGACUGAAACUAGUGCCUGUGUCCUCAUUCACACAAUAGAUCUGACCUGCAAUUUAGAGGCCUUUUCUUGGACUUUCACUUGUUUUAUAUAACUCUACAGCUGCUACAGGUGUCAGUCUAUUCAUACUGAUGUUCAUGUUUUAAGCCUCUAACAUAUGAUUAGGGGAGAGUGGGGUAAGAUGAGCCAUUUUUCAUAUUUCCAAUCACUACAUCAAGGCAAUCAUAGUUUUGUCUCUAACUAGUGUAUCUGCAUAUAUUUCAAGAUGUUGUGCAUCCCUGCAAACCAACAGAAUGAGUGUAAACAUAACUGUCUUGAUAAUAUAGCAUGACAAAAAAUAGUGGUCUCCUAUGGUCAACUUACCCCGUGUAUGGGGUAAGUUGACCAUAGCCCCAGCCCUCCCUCACCUUCUCUCUCCCUAAAUAACAGUCACUUCUUCACAUUCAUGUGUAUUUUAUCUAUUAUAAACUAUUCAACAGGUACAAUAAUUAUUUUUAUUAUCAUUGCAUAUAACUGCUAAAAAGCUGUUUUGUAAAAAGUCAUUUUAACAUGAGUAUGUCUUUUAAUGAUUCAGACCAUUCACAGCUGUAUUUUUGAAAAGAAAAAGUAACACAUUUCAACAAUCUGAACUGAAACUCUGAUCCUCUUAUCAGACUCCUUUACUUUUUCCAUUGAAUCACUGACUCAACUUACCCCUUAACUACUAUUAUGACUUUAUUAGUCCUCUGAGCUAAAAUGGUGGACUUUUAUGUUGGUUUUUGUCAUGUUGUAGCUCAUAGAUACCACAAUUGAUGUAUAAAACAAAUUUAAAAUGAUCUUUUUUUGGUCUGAACACAAUUCUAAUAAAACUUAUGACAGACUAAAUUCACUUUCAAGAGUGAAAAAUGUCUAACCCCUUCCCUCAUGUUCUUCUAACCUUCACCGACUCCAUGAAUUGAUGCCCACCUCCUAAAUAUUUGGUCACAUGAUCAAUUUCUUUUACCAUUUCCAAACAACAGGGGGUGGUUCAACUUACCCCACUCUCCCCUUUGUGUGUCAUGAAAUUGUGUCCAGGCUCCAAGCAGGCAGGUGAUGCAUUACUGGCUCCAGCAGCUCCAGCAGAAACGAUGGGAGUUCAGCAGCACUCGAGGGUCCGGUCAGAGGGACAGCUGGAGCUCCCCGACCCUCGCCUACCCUCCUUCAGGCCUCGUGGGCAAAGACAACGGUAUGCAGAUACACUCACUGACAUACUGUAAAAAUCAGAUUCAAGUCUGUUCCCAAGUUGAAGAAUGUCUUUGGUGUACUGGUGUUAAAAUAAUGAAUGUAAAUCAGAAUAAGAAGUUAAUCCAAGCAAGUGAAGCUCCUGUGAGGAACUUUCAGUGUGUGUCUUUUUGUGCCCCCCAUGUGGUCAAAGCUGUACCUGUAAACUUUUUUCCUGACUUUGUUCAUUUUUAGUUUUAUAACCAGCUAAAAGCUUCGCAUAGGAAGUUUGAAUAAAGAAUAUUAAAAUGAAAAAAACAUUAAGAUUAAUAUAAUACAGGAGAAGGUGUAACAUUUGUGCAGAAAUGUGCAAGAUGAUGGGGCGGGGGGUUCAAAUUUUUCACUUUUAACUAACUGAAGGGAAAUUCAAUAAUGUGUCAUCUAAAUAGAUGAUAAUCAAGUGCGGAUAUCCAUGCUGACUUCUGAUGACUUCACAUUCAGGUUCUUGUAUUCAAUGGAUUAAUCAUUAACAAGUUAUUUAGUUUUUGUUGUCCUCAUCUAUAGAGUCACACAACUGUGAGCAGAAUUCAGACAUUUCAGCUUCACUUCACUCAGUUUUUCCUCCUCUAUUGUUGUAAAUGAAUGUUGAUCUUUCUUCAAAAGAGGCGUGGUCCCUCUGUUUAUUGAUAUUGGUUUGGAGGUUUUAUUUAAAAGUGCUGCCAUUCUCCAGAACCUACACAAGAGAGACCACUUCACAUUACAAAUUACUAAAAAGAAGAAUUUCUCAAAUCAAAGAUGCAGGAAAUGAAAGUCCUCGAAAUUCUGUUGAUAUCUUGUAUUGGCAGUGUUUUUUCCCAGCUUGUGUAAUUCUUGACUCAGAAGUCUUUAACCUUUUAAUCCAUGUACUCUGAUGAAAUGUGUGGAAGCUGAGAUGUUGUGCGAAAUCAAAAAUGUUUCGGCCACAUUUCUUCCUCUUGUUUUUCCCCUCCGGCUGUGAGGACAACGUUAAAUCUUUAAUAUUUCUUGAUUUGUUAAAGAUUAACAAGUCCUGUCUCAAAUUCACAAUGACACUGUGGUUGAAGAUGAUCGAUUCUUAUUUGUAUUUUUUUUAGCAAGAGCUUGUUUAGGAGUAUUAUCAGAGCAAAAUAACGAACUUAGUGGGCUAGUAGGCGAUCAGUACUAAAGUGAGCCCACUGUUCAAAAGAAAUUAUGAGUCCCUUCAGUUACUCGCUCUGUAUCUCACUAUGAAAGCACCCUUUGGUAUGAGCUAAUGUCAGAAGCUCCACUUGGGUUGACGUGGGCAGUAGGAUUUUAUUUUGGUGGGGUUUUUUGUUCUUAAUGGACAUUUUGGGGGUCUCGUUUCCAGAUCUCUUAGGCCUUGAGAAGCUCAGCGCCAGCCUUGAGAACAUCCGUAGUGACUUUGCCAUGGAGGCGGAGUCAGAAGGCGGGGGUAUGUUGGGGGUCCAUCCAGCCCGGGGACCCUCGGCUUCGUCCACAAACACCCUCAACUUCUCCCUCAAAAACAUCGGUACAGAACUCAGGUAAGCCAGUGUGAAGAUAUUUAGACGUUUGUAUUCUCAAGUCUUUCUUUGGAGUCCAGGUUGAACUAGUGUGAGCUGUAAUGAGAAGAAAAAACACUCCUUUAGUUCUGCUGGACUUGGGCGGAGGAAAUACAUUACUUCCAUGGUACUCUUAGUCACUUUUGUUUGCAACAAUCAACAGUUCCUCUUCUGGGGCGCUGCCGGCCUAGCAGGCUGUGCUUAUGCCCACAUGCAGAGGUUAUUCCUUUAACGGCUGGCCUGGGUUCACUUCCAGUAUGUGGCUCUUUUCCCACAUGUCACACCCCGUUUCCUACCCUGUCCUGUCCUCUCCAAGUAAGGACUAAAAGCCCCAAAAUAAAUCUAUAAAAAGCAGUUCCUCUUCUGUACAACUCAUUUGUUUGAAUGAUGCAACACUCUGAAAUGUUAAAAAAGUGAUAUGUUCAGAAUCUGCUUUGUCAUUGAAAUGGCUUUUAUUGAGUAAUGCUGUGCAGGAUUUCGUGUGAAUUUUAUUUCCCUCCUCCUUGUAGCAUGUCCUCCAGUUUCUGUGCUGCUAUUUAAAAUGAUUGAACUCCUCAUGGUCUAAAAUUCAGUAUGGCUGCAGUCUUUAUCAUCACAGUCAUGUUCUUAAAAAUUAGGUAGCGUGAAAUUCAUUGUUGAAUUUGAUGUGUGUAGAUAACAAUAAAGCUCUUGGUUUAGUCAGCUAGCUGUAAGUUAAAGGACGUGGCUGAAACACAGUCACGGGUUAGCAUUGAUCUCACUUUUAGUGGUGUGAAAAACACCAGUCUGUACAAGCUCAUGUUUAGACCCUGUUAAUUUUACACCCAAGAGGACCAGAAUAUUUAAGAGCUGAAUUUAUUCUUCAAAUGUAAUUCUUUAUAUCACAUGUUCAAGUUGAACCUGAACACGGUGCUUGGGGUUUUUUGGCUGUGUUGUGUAGGCAGGUGCAUUUAUGAAAAAAAAAACACCUAAACCUAGAAAAACUCUAACAAAAGGUUUCUCAGCUGUUUUUUGUUGUAUUAGAUGUCCUUAUUAACAUACUAAAAGUUUACCAAAGUUUAACCACUAGAAAGGUAUCUUUUUCAUGACGGUUUCAUGAUGGGUAGGAAGCCCAGGGGAGAAUAGGGUAAAAUUUUUAACUAACAGAUAUCACCAUGAAACUUCCCGUGUUUAUAACUUUUCUUAAGACAAAUAUUUUUUGUAUUACAAGUUUUGUCAAAUGUUAUGUUGGAAUAUGUAAAUAAGGCAAUAUCUAAUUAAAUAUGCACUAAUUUGCAUACAUUUCCAGAACCAAAAACAGAGCAAAGGAUAAAGCCCCUUUCAAAAAUCUUGUUUUAUUUUGUUGAUGUACCAGAGUCAGAAGAGGGGUAGGAAGAAACUUUGGAUAUCUCUUUGUAUCACUCUGUAAAUGAGAAAAUGCUGUAACCACCCCUAAAAAUUCAAAUGCCACUAUGUGACACUGCUGGUGGGGCACUAGUUGUACUUGUAAUCACGCAUUUAUCAUACAAAUAUGCUAACUAGAAUAUUACAUGGUUAAAACUAGAAUGAAUACAAAGGAGUAAUGGUCAUUUCAAGUACAUGGAAAAAAAUAAACAUGUGGCGAUAUUUGAGUCUUUAGGGGUCGUUGUUCAGUUUUUGGUUCUUUAAAUGUAUGCAAAUUAGUGUAUAUUUAACUAAAUAUUGCCUCAUUUACAUAUUUAAACAUAACAUUUGACAAAACAUGUAAUACAAAAAAUAUUUGUCUUAAUCUAAGUUAUAAACUUGGGAAGUUUCACAGUGAUAUCUGUUAGUUAAAAUUUUACCCAAUUCAUCUCGGGUGUCUCCCGGGCUUUCUACCCAUCAUGGACGCCAUUGUGAAAAUGACACCUUUCUACUGGUCAAACUCUGGUAAACUUUCAGCAUGUUAUUAAGGACACCUAAUACUAUAAAAAACAGCUGAGAAACCUUUUGUUACCAGCUGCAGUUCUGGUGCGUAGGUCCUGUUUCUGAAGCCAUUUCUGCUGUCAUUCAACAAAGUAACAGAGUGUCAGACUCCUCAGAGGAUUUAGAAACAGUUCCCACUGUUGAUGUCCAGCACAGUCUUAACCAUCCUCACCUUCUUAUCUGGUUGCUGUUCCCUCAGGAACUCCAUGUCUAUUCUGCGGCCGGGCAGAGGAGGUGAGAACAGACGCAGUGUGUUUUACACUGGCAACAGCAGCACGGAGGAGUGGGAGCUGGUGGACGCUCCAACCAAGGACUUCCCUGAACAGAAACAGCAUCCAGACCCACACAGACGUACGCCCAGUCUCUGCUGACUUAUUAAAACUUUGAUUAGAGUUUCAGGCUCAUUUCUAUGACAAAUGAAAAACAAUACAGCAACCAUUACUGUGUCUGCCUGCCCACUCCCUUGAGUCACUUUCAUUAUUGUUCAUUAUUAUAAAAUUCUCCUCCUUUAGAUUCCUUUGGAUCAGCGUUUACUUUCGACUUUGUGCGCAACACAUCCCGGCAUAGGAGGCCUUUUCUUCGGGACAUGAUGGGCUCCGGGAGGUUUGGACGAAACGCAGAAACACGCAGUCCUGAAAGCUCCCCGGUGGAGAUCAACGGGAGUAAAGUGGUUGAGAUGCAAAUCCGCCUUCAGAGUCAACAGGAGGAACUGAACCGCAUGCAGCAAGAACAGACCAAACUCAGAGAGGAGCUGGCCGGUCAGAAGGUACAGAUGUCUCUUCGUCACCAUCCAUGCCAACAUAAAAACUUGACUGAAGCAUCUUAGCAAGAAGGACGAGGCUGGAAGUGCCUCUUACAAACUGCUUUUCUUCAACCUCAUAGCUGUCCAUUUUGUUGUCUUAGUUUGUGAUGGGUUAAGGAUCUUUGGGUUGCUUUUAUUAAGUCUGUUGAUAAGACUAUAAUUUUAGCACUGACUGAUUUCAUAAUGUCGGGUUUAUCCACACAUUGGGGAAAACCCAAAGUUGCAUGGAUUGCUUUUACUCUUGUUUCUCUCAGUUUUAGCGUGAGGUUGUGGUGUCUGAGCAAACGUUUUGGUGUAAUCCUGUUGCUUUCACUAUUACAUGGAGACAGAAAUGAUGAGUCAUGCCAGUCAGGUGGGAAACAAGGAAACAGCAGCUCUGCUAACAACAAUCCAAGCUGUGUCGUUCCUUCCCAUUACUGUCUCUUCUUGUUUCAUUGUUUUGAAACCAGCUGAUUUGACGCAAUGACUGCAGCCAUAGUCAGAUGAAAACAUAAUUGAAGUGGGUAUGCUUCCUCUGUGAAGCGGUCUGUCUGCAAUCUCAGCCUUUAAAAGGAAUGAACUGAGUAACUCUGAGUGUGUGUGAGUCAGCUGGCCUCCGCUGUUUCUUGAAAUACUCUGUCAGUGCUCAGUUCUAGUGGACGAAAGUACACUUUGUGUGCUAGAGUUGAUGUUGGGUCUGAGUUUGUUGAUAAUUAUGCAUGUUUUGAAAGGAAAGUUCAGCUAAGGUGCCACUAAAGACAUUUUCCUACGUUUUGUCUCGCUGUGAUCUUUUGUGUUUCGAUGUCACACAUGGAAAAUAGUGCCAUUUCUGGUAUUCAGCCAUUUCUGGUGAAUUUUCCAUUUAGUUAAACUGUAGUUCACAGUUACAGCAGCUGCACGUCUUUGACCACACGCAUGUAGAGUUGUAUUUGUGAGUGCGAAUGUCACACAUACAGGAGCAAAUGUGUCAACCUGGCGUUUGCACUCUGGCCUUGUUUUCACAAUGCUGUUUACAACAUGACAAUCCACUUUAUGUUAAAUGUUACUGCAGACCUUUGUGUCACCAUCAUCAUGUAAUAACCUAAAACUGGUUGUUCUUAAGUAGAGCUUUUGUUACAUGUGGUAGGUCAGCAUGACUGUAGCCCCCAUCAAAGAGUGCACACUAGCAGGGUUUCUCCCAGGCACUAUUUAGCCGAAGUGGUGAGCCACUAAGAUCUGGAUGGCUGCAAUUUAGUGUAAACAGGAGCUGCAUUAAACACAGAUGAUUCUGCAGCCUGAAAGUUCUUUAAGUUUGGUGAUGAUUUGUGGACAAAGUUUGAUAAAUGUAGCUCAUGAGGUUGGAUGGGUAACAAAGCUCUUCUUAAUAAAAGUUCUUCUUAAACAAACCCUUUACUUAAAAUACCCUCCCUCCCGUGUUAGCUUUUACUACGCACCCACUAUGUAAACAGGUCAGCUUCGACUUGUGUCUUAAAUCAGCUGCAAAUUACACUAAAACCAAUUCUCUAUCAUCCAAUUUGGUUCUCAUCUCUAGGUUACCUUGUUCGGCUUCAUUAUCCAUGAAAAUAUUGCUUAUUAUAGUUUUUGUAGUGGGCCUCUGGGCCUUUCUUUGUCAGUAUACCCCUCACACAGACAUCUAUACUGAACUGAUCUCACAUGUCUGGACAUGCCCGACGUUGUUUUCUGAGCAGGGAAAAACAUGGAAAAAUGAACAUUUCCUAAAUUUCACAAGAUUGGAAGAAAAACAAAAACAGGUGCAGACCCUAACACAGGAGGAGGGUUAAAUUAUAAACACAUUUAUCAAACAUUUAUAAGUUUUUAUAACAAUCCUUGUAAGCUCAUGAGCAUUCAUAAUAACUUAUAGCAAAGUUAAUGAAUGAUGUAAGAAAAGAAGAUAAAGCCUACUGAAGGUACAAUCCAUAAUACAAAAGACCUUAAUACAAUACAAACAAUGGUGACUUUUGAAUUCAAGGCUGCAUAACACAUUAUAACUCCUAUGACUUUAUCAAGUUAUGAAACUUCACAGGGAGCUCAUCUGAGAGCCUUGAGUAACAUGUGACUGAAAAAAUUGGUUGUCCACAGCUGUCCUGAUUUAAUUUAAAAUGUAAGAAGUAGCAAGACUUUUUUUUUUGUUUCUCUCAGACUUCAGGCCUUUGAAGGUUGUAUUAUUUAUAAGUUUAAUUUUAUUAUAUUGUUGUCAUUGUUUAAACAUGUCUAAGUGCGCCCAAAGAUAUGUUCCAGCUGUACAUGAAGGGUGAUAUAAGAGAUGUUUUGAAAGGUGUAAUCAAGGGUGUUAUGUAGGGUGUUGUGAAGUGUGGUAUAAAGAAUGUCAUAAAGGGUGACAGGAACAAGCGUUAUUAAGGGUUUAAUAAAAGGCGUUAUGAACAUUUUAAGGUCUCAUAGAGCCUAAAUUCACAGUGUCAGGUUUUAAUCCACUUGGCAUUGCCUCUUUGUAUUUGUUUUAUAAAUGAGAUAUGCUCUGAUUGAGCUCAGCGUUUCUUUGUCUUGGCCUUCCUGGCUCUCUUUUGUUUACAAACAAGUCCUAUCUCUGUGAUUCAAUCGCACAAUGAUAACUCUGUAUCUGUGAUUACAUUAACAGACAUGACCCUCCUCUAAACGACAAUGUGUCAAUCAUAAACAUGCUCUUCCUCCAACAGGAGCUUGUGAGACUCCUGCAGCAGACUCUAAGGACAUCCCAGUGUGACAUACAACCAGUCCGUCGUCCAGCACCAGCUCCGGAUCCAUCAGCAUCCUCAGACCAGACUCCGGGCUCAGCGGCAGCUCAGGAGGAGAUGAACCCGGCUGAGGCUCUUAUUAAGGAAAAGGACGGACAGAUCCAAGCCCUGUGUGGCCAUAUGGAGCGUCUUACCUUGGAGAAGGAAAGUCUGCAGCAAGAGCUGAAGGGCCUGAAGAUAAAAGUAGGGGAGAUUAAUGACCAGCUGGGGAUGCUUAUGGAGACGAUACAGGCCAAGGAUGAAGUCAUCAUGAAGCUGUCACAAGAGAGCAAUGAGCAGAGCGGCAAUCCGAAUGAGGCUGGUUCAACCUCUCCCAACAAAGAUCAGCAGGAACUAGACAUCCUAAAGGUAAAAGGAACAUGUUUCUCCAUCCAAUCAUUAACAGAGAUGAAAAAAAAAACCUUGAUAAUUGAUUAACUGAACAUACUGCAUGUUUGUGUGAUUUCAGGACAGUCUUCAAGGCUACAAAUCCCAAAACAAGUUUCUGAACAAAGAGAUCCUGGAGCUGACUGUGCUGCGCAGAAAUGCAGAGGCCAGAGAAAAAGCUUUAGAGGCAAAGGUGCGAACUUGUGUUCAACAGAUAGUGAUGCAUCACUCUGUUAUAAAAACAGGAAGUCUGUGGAGCUUUUAGGGGAAGUUCUCUGUUGACCUUAAUUUAAGACUCUCUAAAGUUAGGAACAUUGAAUGACUCACUAAAAUCCUGCUGUUUCCAGGUGAUCAAAGUGUUUUUUCUUUUCUUGUCUCUGCUGCAGUAUACAGCCCUGGAAGCCAAACUGUGUCAAGUGGAGAGUAAGUACUUGGUCCUGCUUCAAGAAGUGAAGACCCCGGUGUGUUCGUCAUCAGAACUGAGUCCAGCCCGGGAGGUCAUUUCAAGACUGUUGGAGGACGCCCUGCAGGCCGAGAGCCCAGACCAGCAGGAACACCCCAUAUUUAAGCCAAACACUGUCAGGUACGGCUCAUUGAGCAGAUGAUGUUGUCAGUACUGUUAACCCUUGGAAAUCCCUGCUAUAUUUUGCUAUUUUUGGUCCACCUGUUUGUUUUUUUGUUUGUUGUUGUUGUUGUUUUGUAAAAAUCUAUGCAGCAACUCUAUCCUUUUAAGCACAGCAGAUAUAUACACGUUUUCUUUUUUUUUUAAGGAUGACCUCGGCUGUCAGCUUAUGGGUGCAAAAAUUAUGUAUAAUGAAUGUGACAGUAGAUUCAGAACCAUCAAAGUCAACCAAAAACAAAAACGGAAAUUGAUACCAACAGUACUUGGCACAAAAAACACAUAAAUCUACAGGGAACAAGCCUUUUCUCACCUGCACAUCAUUCUCUCAAGUCUUGGCUAUUAGGAGAAGAAAAAUUAGGAUUGGAACAAACACACAACAGAAACUAUUUACAGAUUUACACUAAUUCUUCCAGGGAAUUUUUUUUUUUGCAAUUUUCAGUUCUUAAUGCCACUCCCUGAAGUAGUUCCUGUCUGAGAUGAGACAGAGGGCCACAUCACACGGCUCAUAAUCUCUUCUUUGCUUUUUUUUCAAGCAUUGAGGAGCAUUAUUUCUUUUUUUGCAGACAAGCAGGGCACUUUGUUGUCUUUUAUUGGACACUACCGUCAAGGAAACAAGAAGAAGACCAUGUAAUUGGUCGAAAGUUUGACAGAAAAAGACGUUAUCAGAACAGCUUAUCAAACCUGGACGAUAUGAACGGCAUAUAGCGAUCUUUUUCUAUCCCAACAAUAUGAUAAAUAAUCAUGUUUUUACCGGUCUAUCACUGCGGACUUACCAUCAAACGUCUCUAAAUAAACACCUAUUUUUGUGGCUGGAUUGUAAACCUUGUGGCAGGUGUAGAAAUGUCUGGAAACCCUCAAUAGAUCGCCAAAAGGGUAAACUUUUGAACACUUUUCAUCACAUAGAGAUACGCAGUGUAGUUCCUGAGAAACUGUAAAUGAUAUAUUGGUGUCACGUGAUCCAGCGGAGUUCUAAGUGUUAAAAGACGUAAUAACUCUCAGGACUGAUGUUUACUCUCGUUUGAUCUCCACCUGUCUUUAACUCUAGUGAGUAUGAUGUGUACGGCUUCAAGACGGUCCCUGAGGAGGAGGAAGAGGAGGAGAAGCUGGUCGCAAAGGUGAGAGCCCUGGAGCUGAAGUCCCUCUCCAUGACGAAUCAAGAGGUGUCCGUCGGGGUUAAAUGGGAGAACUACCUUGCCAGCACCAUGAACAGAGAUCUGAUGCGCUCCCCUGAGAUUAAAACCCUCAUUCGAUCUGGUAUACCUCAUGAACACCGCUCUCAGGUGUGGAGAUGGUGUGUCUCCACCCACGUUAAGAAGUUCCGGGACCAUUUGGCGCCUGAUUAUUAUGAGACCCUACUAAACGUGGCCCAAGACAAGCCCAAUCCAGCUUCCAAGCAGAUUGAGCUGGACCUGCUGCGUACUCUGCCCAACAACAAGCACUACGCCUCCACAAGUGCAGGCGGCAUUCAGAAACUUAGGAACGUCCUGAUGGCGUUCUCUUGGAGAAACCCGGAUAUCGGCUACUGCCAAGGACUGAACAGGUACAGGUUUCUGUCUCGAGUUUCUUUCUCUCCUCUCUUUCAUUGAGUGUAAUUGUUCCCUCAAUCUUGUCUGUGAUUUCUUCAGGCUUGCAGCUAUUGCCCUGCUGUAUCUGGACCAAGAGGAUGCCUUCUGGAGCCUCAUAGCCAUCGUCGAGGUCUUCAUGCCGAGAGACUAUUACACAAAAACUCUUCUUGGCUCACAGGUGAACAUCUUCUCAUGUUGUGUUUUAGAUUUUGAAAGACUUGGACUAGUUUCAGCCUCCUGAUUCAAGUUUUCUGUGGCAUCAUAUUCUUGUGACUGAUGCUGCUGCUGCUCAUGACCGAUCAGAGGAAGAAUACUGCUCGGUUAUCAGCGCCGGAUCUUAUCGCUGAUUUUCUCCUGCUGUGGAAAAUUAGGUCAGCAGUUUUGAAGUUAAUCGUGUUGUUUGUGUCUGUGCAGGUCGAUCAGCGUGUGUUCAAGGAUCUGAUGAGUGAGAAGCUUCCCCGGCUUCAUGCGCACUUUGAGCUGUACAAGGUGGACUUCUCCCUCAUCACUUUCAACUGGUUCCUGGUGGUGUUUGUGGACAGUGUGGUGAGCGAUAUCCUCUUUAAGAUCUGGGACGCUUUCCUGUAUGAGGGCCCAAAGGUAAGAGAGGCAAAAACCAAAAUCUUCAAUCUCACAAACCCAGAAUUUGUGUUCAAACUUCUCAGAAUUUUCAGUGUCUCAACAUGGUAGCAAUAAAAUCAUGUUUGUGGCAUGAUGUUUACACUGUUCUUCAUCAGCUUUACAGACCCUUUCAGCUUGUUGUUUUGGGUUAAUAGCCCAUAAGUCUUGCUGGUUUUGCUCGUAACCUCACUGUCUGGAGCAGUAUGCUGCACAGAAUUUUAUAUGGAGCCUACAAGGAAGGAAAAACUAUAAGUGUGUUAACCAUAGGGGAUUUCUCUCAGCUCAGUCCUUUUGUUAAGAAAGCGGCUGGAGAACUGGCACAGAAACUAGGCCAGCAACUGCUGCAGACAGGGUCAGGCCCAACCACUUAAUUUAGUUCAGUUUAACAAACUCUGACCAAAGCAAUGUUCUUGCUGUGAAUAUACUGUCUAUUUGAAUAUAUUUCACUGCUUUACUUUGCUGUCAGAAUUCCUAUUUGUUUUCACAUGAUGUAGGUGCAGCUUAAAGACUUACAAUGACCCUAAAAAGUUAAUUUUUUUUACCAUCAUUUAAUUCAAAUAGUGAAACAUAAGACAUAAUUAUCAAGAUACAAACAAAAAAGUGUUUACAUAUUUCACCUUGUGUGUGAUGAAUCUAGAAUAUGUGAACGUUUUGGUAACACUUUAUUUGACACCUCUCCCUAUAACACAUUAUAAAUAUAUGUGUAAUGCUUUAUAAUCACGUUAUAGCACUGUAUAACUAUAGUAAUAAACACUCAUAAAUGAUCAUAAUGAUUUAUAGCAAUAAUCAUAACACAUUAUAAAGCAUUUUAUCAUGACUUUCAAGGUCAGGUAUUAUAAUGUGUUAUAACUGUUAACAGCAGUUGUAUUGCAUUAUCUAUGUGGGCAUUGUCAGUGAGAUUCACAAAAGUUUCACUUUUUGACGCGACUUGCGGGGAAAUAAACUUUUUGGGGACAUUCUACUUUUUUUUUAUGCAAUAGCUGUUUUUGACCACUUGGGGGCAGUGGACACAAGACUUUUAAUCAACACCCUCAGACUUAGUAAUUCCUUUUUUUUCAAAUGUUUAAUCAAAAUAGUUUGAAAAAGGUUUAUUACUUAUAUAUUAAAGACAUGCAAGCAAAAUGAGCAUUCCUCUGCAGAAGCAGCUGUGUUUGUUUCCACCUCGUCACUUUGUUGGCCUGGAAGACAAAACAGUUAGCUAACAGUAGAAAUGAGUACAGAUUAUUUUUUGUGGGUUAUUUACAAAAGUUAGACAUGUAAGCAGGAGUUUUUAUUUUAAUUCAGUUUCAUUCAACUUUUAAUCAACUUUUCAAAUUAGAAAAGACAGUAAAUAACAGCGCACAUUCAGACUGAACGCUGGUGUUAUGAAUACUGUCUGCAGUCUCUUUGAGGUGGCCCUGUGUGUCAUACGUUUUGUUAAAUGGUCAGUCAGUCAUGAGACGGAUUUCACAGCUUCGAUCAUUUCUUUUCCACAGAUCAUAUUUCGCUUCGCCCUCGCUCUCUUCAAGUACAAAGAGGAAGAGUUUUUGAAGCUGCAGGACUCCACAGCCAUCUUCAAAUAUCUCCGAUACUUCACACGAACAAUCCUGGAUUCAAGGUACAGGAAACACGCUCUGCCUUUGAGAUUUUCAUUUAUAAAAAAUGUAAUUCGGAUGCUUUAAUGGCAGUGUGUCCGCAGUUGUAAAGUGUAAGAGGUAAGCGUUGAAUAUCUCCAUGUUUUCUCCUUCAUCUGUUUUCUCUCCCCGUGCAGAAAGCUGAUGAACAUCGCUUAUGUGGACAUGAACCCGUUCCCCAAGAAGCAAAUCGAAAGCCGCCGCUCCUUCCACCUGGAGAAAGUCCGCCUUGAGCUGACCGAGCUCGAGGCCAUCAGACAGACCUUCCUCAGAGAGAGGGAGACGACUCAGGACAGAAGGAGCUUCGUCAGCGAUGAUGAGGAAGAUAACUAAACUUCUCCUGAUCUGAGUGCAGGGACAGUGAGGGGGGUGUGAGGGAGCUGUAAAAGGGAUUUUUCGAGAAAGAAUUGCUGGAGUCAGUCUCUGAAUCAGAGCGAGACAGUCCACCUCUGAAGAAGUUCGGAUGAAUCACAACACAGGACCAAAAGAUUACAAGCCCAACAGGCUUUCUAUCAGUAUUCCUGCCUUUUUCUCUUUCAUAAGAGUCUCACCUAUUAUACGCUUUUGUACACAUAUGAUGGCCUUACAGUAUGUUAUGUCAGCAGCUCUUCAGUCUUUGGUUUAAAGCCACACUCUUGCAGUCCGAAUCAGUAUUUCCUUUAAAACAUGACCGUGAUUAUGUACCAGCUGGCGACAGUGUGCCUGUUGAAGGAAUGAUUGUAAUUUUGAACUCCUUUUUUAAUCAUUGUUGCUUUGUCUGCCUAAGUUGUUCUUAAAUCUUUGUUUAUGAUUUUUUUUUUUGCCACAACAUAUCUGUUGUGUUUGACCCCUGUGACCUUUGAUGCACUUCUUCAAUAAUGCUGAAAUCCAGACUCUGCUGACUUUAAAGAGUAAGUCUUAGCUGCCUGAUCACUGUGUUCCUCAUAGUGGAAAUCAUUCCAGUCUCCUAAGUCUUUGUGGUUAAAUUAAUAUACAUGUAGAUUCCCCCUUCAUACUUCUGACACAUUAUCCCAAUUUGAUAGAAGACGGUUGAUGAAUUUCACCAGAAUCUCAGGAUUUAAAGACCCACUCUGAUGGAAAUCAUGUUUUUCUUGUUUUUUUACAUGUUCAUACGGCAUUUUUCUGAUGCUACAGGACAUAUCAUGAGAACAAGUGUGGAAUUGCAUUUCUUAGUGUCUCUGCAUUCAAAUUGCUGUGAAUCUCUGGCAGAUCCAAACGGCAGGUUCAGACACAGUAGGAUUUCUUAUGUCACAUUUCCAAGCUCCGCCCCUGGACGCUCUCCAGGCCAGACUCAGAGAAAUAGAGAGGACAAUCACGGAACAAGCCUGUGCGUUAGCGGAUUGCAAUGCUUGUAAGAAAGAUAAUUAUGAUAAUAGCUUUUAUCAUGCCCCUAGAGUCAUUAGUGUCUGAGAGCAGCAUAGCUCCUAUGUUACAUGCUAAUUCUACUACACCGGCAAUGUUAGGCUGUAAGAGGAGUGUGCAGAACGUUGCUAAUGAGCUACUGUAGCUCUGCAGACGUAAAGCCCUCAAAAAUGACACAGGUAACGUGAUUUUGGCUAAAGUCACAAUUUAAAGACCACUGAGAACAUUUAAGUAGUAAAAAAACAAUCAGAGUGGGACUUGAAGUCUCGCCCUAUGAUGGAUAAUACCAUCUUUGUAUUUGUUUAUUUGACUUAAUCAGUUCUUAUUCAGCAGGUUUUUCUCACUUGUACUCUUAUAUGAUAUAUUUUCUUCCUGAAGAACCACUAAAUAACUUUAAUGUUACCGCAGACAUUAAUUUAAAGAAAAAGAUGUUUCACACCUACAUUUUAAAAAACACAAACUAUGUUCUGAUUUCUGGAUUUGGAUCAAGACUCUGAUGACUUAAGAACUUUAACAAAUUCGCAACAAUUUAAUUUCCAUUGACAGUGGACUUUCAUGAUGUUGAGUGUUUCACUCUCUCCGACUUAAACAGCUUUACAGGACAUGUCAUGCUGGGAGCUCUAGUCUGAGCUCAAACGCUGGUGUAUUUGCAUUAAUUGUCCUCAGUGUGGCAGUGUAAGAUUUCCAACAAUGUCUGCAUUCAUUUACAGGUACCUUCUGCAAAGUGUUCAGUGCUGAAUAUAUGUUUGCGAGAAUGAAAUAUAGUUUUUUUUUUUUUUUAAAUCUUUGAGUAAAGUAUUUCAGGAGAUUGCUGGACAUAUGAGGGUUUUCUGUCUUUUUCAGGUACUCAUGAAUUACAGUUUACUUUCCAGCACUGUGACCAUACUCCUUAUCCUGCUCACUUCCACAUAAAAGAACCACAGAAAUGUUCCAGAGGUCAAAAGUUGUUCAGGUAGAAGUUUUAUGAACAGUUACAGGAAAGCAGAAAAAUUACAUGGGUAAUUGUUUAAUACGUUUUUCUCACUCAGCUCUUUCUCUUUUGUGCUGAAACCGUGUUGACAGUUGUAUUUUUUUACUCUCUUUACUUUGAUUCACUUUUGAGUUUUGACUCUUGUUUUUGCCAUAUGUUACAAAAAAACAAUAACUUUUAUUCAUUACAUUAUUGUCAACUUUAGCAGUCCCCCUGACUGAACUCGGGAACAAAACUUGGGUUUGUGGUUGUUUUGUUGUUUGAUGAGGGAAAUGUGAAUUUGAGAAAAAUCCAGUAGUAAAUUUUGUGAGAGCGGGUCUCUCUAGAGAAAACACAAGUGUGGAGGAUGAUCAGACUGAAACAGUUUUUUGACCCACUCUCUCUGUUGGAGGGGUUACACAUGUGCCAAUGAUAUUUCCUUUUUUAUUCUCACUCUAAAUAAGCUACAUUUAAUUCCAAUUUUUGUCUUUUCUCUGUAUUUUCUCCUCUUUUUCAGCUGUGUAUUGCACAAUUAAUGACUUCAGAAUAUUAUACGGCACUUCACUGUCUUGUAUAUAAACCUCUGUGGUAUCAUGAUCAUCUGUUUCAUUCAAGCUUUAAUGCUGCAGUAGUUUUGUGUUACAGUUUAGGACUUUGAAUUCAAUAAAAAAAAGAGGCAGACUGAGC